AUCGAAAAGCGGAAAGUCCAAGAUGGCGGACUAAGCGGCGUGGCUUUCCGGAGAAGUUUCACAUUUACGAUCUUAUAGAUUCAAAAAUAGCAUCAAAUACCUCAACUAUUCAUCUUUUCUUAAGUCCACCAAACGGACUUUGAGUGUGGAGCGAUGGAUUAUCUGAAGUGAAGAUUGAAGACGUGAUAGAAGAUGGACGACUACUGCUAUGCUAAGAUGGCGACGUCCGCUAAAAGAGAACAUGAAAGAGAAUCAGCGCCACCAACAGAGAACAAUCUGAAAAGCGAAGAUGAAGACGUCCAGCAGCUGAUCGGUAAUCCAGAAGAAGUUUCCCCUCACUUAGGGGGGAGCUCCACUUUGAAGCAGGAGACUCCACAACCACCCUGCAUUAAAAAGGAAGAGGAGGAACUCUGCAUCACUCAGGAGGGAGAGUGUCUUCUAGGACGAGAGGAAGCUGAUUACACCAAGUUUCCACUGAGUAUUCUCUCUGUGAAGAUUGAAGAUGAUGAAGAGAAACCACAAGUAGACAACGUCUUAACUCAACUAUCAGAUAGUGAGGCUGAAGACGAGGUUGAAGUAACUUUGAGUAGCGAUACAGACUGUGAAGGUGAUAUGAGGACUCACACUGACAACAAACACUCUGAAUGCUCUUCAAAGAAGAGAGGUGAAACAUGUUUGAGCUGCUCAGUUUGUGCGAAAAGUUUUACUAAAAAGAGCAGUUUGACUCUACACAUGAGAACACACACAGGUGAAAAACCAUUCAGUUGUUCAGUUUGUGGCAAAAGCUUUUCUCGAAAUAGCCAUUUGACUAAACACAUGAGAACACACACAGGUGAAAAACCAUUUAUUUGUUCAGUUUGUGGCAACAGCUUUUGUCAAAAUGGCUCUUUGACUCAACACAUGAGAACACACACAGGAGAAAAAACAUGUAAUUGUUCAGUUUGUGGUAAACGCUUUUCGCGAAAUAGCUCUUUGACUGAACACAUGAGAACACACACAGGUGAAAAAACAUGGAAUUGUUCAGUUUGUGGCAAAAGCUUUUCUCGAAAUAGCAUUUUGACUGUACACAUGAGAACACACACAGGAGAAAAAACAUGGAAUUGUUCAGUUUGUGGCAACAGCUUUUCUCAAAAUAGCAUUUUGACUAAACACAUGAGAACACACACAGGUGAAAAAACAUUUUGUUGUUCAGUUUGUGGCAAAAGCUUUUCUGUUAAGAGAAUAUUGACUCUACACAUGAGAACACACUGGACUAAGACCAUUUAAUUGUUCAGUUUGUGGUAAAAACUUUCACCAAAACAGCUCUUUGUGUCAACACAUGAGAACACACACUGGAGAAAAACCAUUUACUUGUUCAGUGUGAUGUAAAUGGUUCCCACAUAAUGCAGACACAGUAAAACACAUAAGAACACACAAGGGAAAAUAACCAAUUAGCUGUUUAGUUUGUGGUAUUUUGCUCAUAUGUGGUGACAUCCACCCUACCCAGGACCUCCUCACUGCUUCUUUCACAAAUACCUGAGGUAUUCAUACAAACUUGGAUUAAUUUGGAGCAUAAUCUUAUCUACUCAUGACCCCAUGUCUUCUCUGUAUCUGAAACCUUCCUGAACAGUAAGAUAGAUGAUGCUUCAAGUGCUUGGUUACUCCUUCUUCAGUCCAGGGACCUGGGGCCUCAUGUGUCAAGUUUGUGCACGCUCAAAAACCUGCACUACACCCUUUUUCACUGCAAAGUUGAGAUGUAUCAAAACUGACAUUGUGAUGCUGGGUAACUGUUUGCAUAACCAAGUGCCAACUUUUACUCCUCAGACUGAUUGAUGUGCAAAUCAGAGACAUAUGAACAAUUAACCCCCAACACCCACAACCCAACCCCCGCCUCCUUCAACAUUCGGGCAUAACAGGUUCAAUCCGGCCCGCGAGAUGAGUUUGCGUAGUGUAAAAUACAGCUGCCUUUUUUUAAAUGAAAUAAAACGCUGUUCUAAAUUUGUCCACUGAAUGUUGCAAUUCUGUUAGGCAAGCAAAUAGUUUAUACCGGGGCGAGCAAGUAUACCAAGCAAGAGGUACACAGUAAAGCGGGGCUGUGACUCCUCCCCCUCCACCCAACGUAAAACAGGAGUAAAAUAACCAAUCAGUGACCCCACUUAAAAUGUAUGCCCUUUUUCUGGUUUGAACAACAGCCAUGGAAAAAGUCUGUGCACGUGCUUGUACAUGUAUAUUUUUUUUAUUUGCAAAGAGUAGUUGUUGAUUAUUUGAUGUUAGAUACUUUUGCCGACCAUUGUUUUAAAACAAGAUU